UCCCGGUGCGCAGGAGAGGGGGAGGCUCCCGGUGCCCGGGGGAUGCUCCCGGUGCUCGGGAAGCUGCCGGUGCGCCGGGGACGGGGAUGUUCCCGGUGCCCGAGCCAGCGCGGUCCCCGCCGCCGCGGUCUCUCCGACCCCGUGCUCGGCGGCCCCCGGGACGCGCGGCGGCGGAGCGGGGCAGGGCGAGCGGGGGGGCAGCCGGGGCGAGCGGGCACCGGAGCCGCCGUCCGUGCGGGGCAGGAGCGAUCUGCCGCGACCGUGGGCCCCGCUGCCACGCACGGCGCUCACGCAGGGGCGGCGGGAUGCGGACCCCUCUCCCUGCCGCGGCGGGGCCGGGGUUUUGCCUGCGCUCCCCGCCCCGCACCCGGCAGCUGCUUUCCGAGAGCCGGGGCAGCGCGGGGCCGCCCAGCAUCCCCGGGAACCCACGCGAGAUUGUCGUGUCCCCCCCACCCCAACAAACCCUCCCGCGUCGUGGCUCCCGACUUCUGCCCUGCGGGAGAAGUCGUUUUCAUCCCAUCCCUGCAUCCCCCCUCCUCGGAGCGCCAACCCGCCGGCUCCACAUCCCGCUCCGGCCGCCGCCGAUGUAGAGAUGGAGCCGCGUUUCAUGGCGAGGAGGAGCUGAUCCACUCGGGAGAGUUUGUGGGAGGAAACCCAGGGCUGGUUUGGGAAGUUCCAGCAAACCCAGGGCUGCUUUGGGAAGUUCCAGCUACACCAGCAUAAUUCUGUGUUUACAUGCAAGGACACAGGUCCGUGCUGGGGACACGCGCUGUGUCCUCGUGUGUGCUGGGGGACAGUGGUGUUGGAUGCGGACUUGGGAAGGAAGGCUGGCUCGGGGAGCCUCCAGCUCUCUGCCUCAGCGCUGCCCCGCUUCUGAACCUCGCAGCCAUUAAUCAUGAUCCAGCUCCUUCGGCGGUGGCCUGGCUUUGAUAAGGGGAUGCUGUCGGCGUAGCGGUGGAGCGGGCUCGGCUCCGCGCUCCUCCGUGAUGUGGGCCAGGGCCUGGCCGGCUCUCCCUGUCACUCCCCCUCGCCGCUGGAUGGUGCCUUCGGAUACUGCAGAGCGUUUCUCUGGUUAAACACACCUUUUGUUGGAUUUUUUUUUUUCCCCCCCUAUUAGCCAAGAAAAACUUUGCAACUUUCCUUCGUUUUCGGAGAGGAGCUGCUGCCGCCGCCGCCGCUGGGUUUCAUUUUGUUUUUUUAAUUUGAGGUCACGUGCACGUUGACAGUGUCUUUGAAUCUAAGCGAUGGUCUUGUCUCUAGCUUAGAAAGAGCUUUUGAGCUCUUCCCUCUGUUGUUUUCUCUCUGUUCAGGAACAAAGAGAUUUUUCUGCCUUUAAUUAAAAGGAAUAUUAAUUCUCCGCUCCUUUGUCAAGUGACUUGAAGACACUCUGCAAACGUCCGUCUGCUCGGCAGCGCGGUGGGGUGAGCUCUGCUAUGGUACGGGGCACGGAGACGUGGGGGAGCCAUCCCAAAACCCCACGGCAAAUGCAGAGCAGCAGCCAGGGAGGAUGCUGACAGCCCCGGCGCCCGCGGUCCUCGGGUGAGGAGCCCCGUGGGGCCGAGCUGCCACCCAGGGCGGGCGCUUGGGUCCCCGGAGGAUAAAGCAGGUCCCCGCGCAGAGCCUUUCCAUGCAGGGAGAAGUUUUGAGCGUUGCUUUUGCUGUGGUUGGGGAGGAAAGCAGAGAUGAACUUGGCUGUGCAAAGGGAUUUUUCCCUGCUGGCUGCCUCCCGGCAGGCCCGGUCAGUGUCUGCGCUGGCAGAUAACGCGGAGACGCGGGCUGCCACCAUGCCCGACUCGCCGGCCGACGUGAAGACACAGCCCAGGUCCACGCCGCCCAGCAUGCCUCCGCCGCCGCCGGCCGUCACGCAGGGAGCCACGCGCCAUCCCUCCUUCACACCAAACACCAAUCGAGACGCUGGCCCUCCGACGUUUCUGCCUCGCGGCCGUUUUCAUGGUUGCUUGAAAUGGUCGAUGGUCUGUCUUUUGAUGAACGGGAGCAGCCACUCACCCACCGCCAUCAAUGGGGCCCCAUCCACCCCCAACGGGUUCAGCAACGGGCCGGCCACCUCCUCCUCCGCCUCCCUCUCCACCCACCAGCUCCCGCCGGCCUGCGGCGCCCGCCAGCUCUCCAAGCUCAAGCGCUUCCUCACCACGCUGCAGCAGUUCGGCAACGACAUCUCCCCCGAGAUCGGGGAGCGGGUGCGCACCCUCGUCCUGGGGCUCGUGAACUCCACGCUCACCAUCGAGGAGUUUCACGCCAAGCUCCAGGAGGCCACCAACUUCCCGCUGCGACCCUUCGUCAUCCCCUUCCUCAAGGCCAACCUGCCGCUGCUGCAGCGGGAGCUGCUGCACUGCGCCCGCAUGGCCAAGCAGACCCCGGCCCAGUACCUGGCCCAGCACGAGCAGCUGCUGCUGGACGCCAACGCCUCCUCUCCCAUCGACUCCUCCGAGCUGCUCCUGGAGGUGGGCGAGAGCGGCAAGAGGAGGACGCCAGACAGGACCAAAGAGAACGGUUUGGACCGAGACCCUCUGCACCCCGAGCACCUCAGCAAGCGGCCGUGCACCAUGAGCCCGGCGCAGCGCUACAGCCCCAGCAACGGGCUCAGCCACCCCCCCAACGGGCUGGGGCACCCCCCCGCCGCCCCCACCUUGCCCCAGCACUACCGCCUGGAGGACAUGGCCAUGGCGCAUCACUACCGCGAUGCCUACCGCCACCCCGACCCCCGGGAGCUCCGCGAGCGCCAGCGGCCCGCCGCGGUGCAUGGGGCACGGCAGGAGGAGGUGAUCGACCACCGGCUCACCGACCGGGAGUGGGCGGAGGAGUGGAAACACCUCAACAACCUGCUGAACUGCAUCAUGGACAUGGUGGAGAAGACGCGCCGGUCGCUGACGGUGCUGCGGCGGUGCCAGGAGGCUGACCGCGAGGAGCUCAACCACUGGAUCCGGCGCUACAGCGACGCCGAGGACAUGAAGAAAGGCAGCCCCCCCUCCGCCCGCCCCCACAACAGCUCCUCCGCCUCCGAGGCGCCCCAGUUAGACGCUCACCGGGAGUUUGCACCACGGCCCCUCUCCGGGUACAUGCCGGAGGAGAUCUGGAGGAAGGCUGAAGAAGCUGUGAACGAGGUGAAGCGCCAGGCCAUGUCCGAGCUGCAGAAGGCCGUGUCAGACGCCGAGCGGAAAGCCCAUGAGCUGAUCACGACGGAGCGAGCCAAGAUGGAGCGAGCCCUGGCCGAGGCCAAGCGCCAGGCUUCGGAGGACGCCCUGACCGUCAUCAAUCAGCAGGAGGACUCGAGCGAGAGCUGCUGGAACUGCGGGCGCAAAGCGAGCGAGACCUGCAGCGGCUGCAACACCGCCCGCUACUGCGGCUCCUUCUGCCAGCACAAGGAUUGGGAGAAGCACCACCACGUCUGCGGGCAGACUCUGCAAGGGCUGCCGGCCCCCGCCGCCCCCGCCGCCGGUGUGGGGCUGCCACCGGGCCCGUGCCAGCCCGACGGGGUGGCCACCAUCGCCAGCAGCCCCAGCGAGACGGGCUCGGCGGCCGUUUCCCGCGCUGGCACGCCGGCCACCCCGGCCCCGCUGGAGAGCGCGUCCCGCUGAGCCGCCCUCGGAACUGCUGCCGCCGCCGCCGCCGCCGCUGCUACCACCGCUCUCCAAAAGACACGGACUGCACUCGAUGCAAUUUCCUCAGCUACCUGACUCGUGUGACCUCCGAAACGACCUCUCUAGCUCUCACAAAUAAUCCUCACGGAUCCUCAAACUGGGCUUUAAGUGGAGUUAAGGCAAAUACCGGUCUUCUCUGUUCUCUCUUUGGCCUUUGUUUUGGCUAUUUUUUUUUUGGUUGGUUUUCUAUCGCUUGGGGGAUUAUGGUUCCUUUUUUUGUUGUUGGGUUUUUUUGGGGUUGUUUGGUUUUUUUUUUUUUUCCCUUUUCUUCUUUCCGGAUGAGGGAUUUGGCUGCAGCCUCGCCACGCACUGACGUGGGAAGAGGCCGGCCCGGCCCCGGCCCGCAUCGGCGCUGCCGAGGGGCUCGCUUGCAGGAGGAAAGAAACUUCUUUUCUUCGUCUCUCUCUUCCUCUUUUUUUUUUUUUUCUCCUUUUUUUUUUUGUAAAAAAAAAAAAUAAAGAAAAUAAAAAAGAAAACGUCGGACUCUUUGGCUUUAAGUAAGAAAUUGUAAAAAAGGAAAAAAAAAAAGAAAAAAAAAAAAGAAAAAUCCAAAAACCAGACGACGCCAAGUCAAGCCGUGUGACGGACGCUCACCUGUAACUACCUUGCUAGCUAGCCAAGAACAGACCAGACUCACCUCUGCUCCAAAGGAAAUCCAAAACCAAGGAAGAUCCAAACGUCUCUCCACUGCCAAAGUUCGUUUCGUUCUGUUGUUGCUUCCUUCCCCUCCCCGCAAGGAUGGACGGACAUGCCCCCGGGGCUUUAAAGAGUUUCUAUUAAAAUAAAGCAAAAAAAAAAAAAGGUGUUUUUUUUUUAAAAAAAACAAACAAGCCCCCAAGGCAUGGGAGGGGGAGAUGGUGGCUGAGAACCGCCGGGUGGGCGCAGCCAGAGCCGGCACAUCUCUACCUCUGCCCGCCGCCAACCUGGAGAAAGAGAAUUUUAAAAAAAAAAAAAAAAAAAAAAAAGAGAUUAAAAGACAGAUUUUGGUUUUCUCCCUUUCUGAAGCCGUCGGGGGCCACCUGCGGCCGGACCCCUCCCCCCCAGCCCCUCGCUGCCGGGCUGCUCCCACACCCCGUGUCGGAUUUAUGUUGCAAGGAUUUUUUAAGAGGGAAAAGGCAAAAGGAAAGCGAGCGCCACCUCCUUCCUGGCCGAGGAGGCAGCCAAGGACAAUGUUGAUUAUUUUGUAUUUCUCGCAUCGUUGUACAAAGCGCAGAGGACGGGAGUGCAAUACGGAAAGUCCCCCGGCUCCGAGGAGGGAAGCCCCGCGCGGGGCAGGAGUGCUGUACGCUAAUGUGAAUGUAAAUAGUGUUUGCAGAGGUCCAAAAAAAUAAUAAUAAUAAUAAUAAUAAUGAUGACGAUGACGAUGAUGAUGAUAGUGAUAAUAAUAAGAGACAUUUGCCAAAUAAAAGAUGAUGAGAACCCGCUGGAGGCUGUGGCGUGGGGCAGCGAGGCUGGCCGGAGGCGAGCAGAAGUCGUGUGCUCGAUAGGAGCUGUAGUUUUUCCGCAUUUGCAAAAACCAUCCUGUGUGUUUUCUGUAGGGGAGGAAGAGGAGGGAAAGGUUUGGGGCCGGGUCAGUUGUGUUGCCAGUCACCCAGGGGCCGGUGCUGCCUUCAUGGCUGCCUCCUGCGACGGCCGUGCCGUGCCGUGCCGUGCCGUGCCGUGCCGCAGCAGAGCUUGGCGCAUGGGGCGCCUCCGAGGUGACGUUACCAGCCCCGUGCCACCAGCGCCGAGCCCUGCUGCGGCUUUGUGCACCCCGAGGCCUCGGCGCGUCCCCUGGAGGGGGGGUUUCCGUGCACCCCGAGGCUUUGGUGCAUCCCCCCAGGGGGGUUUUGUGCACCCCGAGACCUCAGUGCAUCCCCCCUGGGGGGUUUCUGUGCACCCCGAGACCUCGGUGCAUCCCUCCGGGGGGUUUCUGUGCACCCCAAGGCUUUGGUGCAUCCCCCCCAGGGGGGUUCUGUGCACCCCAAAACCUCAGUGCAUCCCCCCAGGUGGAUUUCUGUGCACCCCGUGGCCGGGAGCUUUGCCGGGUGCCCCUCGAGUGACUGUUCACUUUAUUUAUGGUGUGACAUAUGUAAUAUUGUCUAUUUUUCUUACGUUUCCCGAGAAGAGGUAAUAUAUAAGAGUAUUGCAGAUGCACCUGCUGCAGGGCCGCCUGCUCUCCCGGGUGUCUGUCCCGUCCCUGUCCUUCCCACCGCGUGUGUCCCCGCGUGUCCCCACGUGCCCCCAGCCCCGCUCCGCACCGGGGGCUCUGCCUCUCUACCUCCGCCUCGCCGGGAAACUGUGGAUGAGAGCAUUACUAUGGAGUCUGCUCUCGUUUCCACUCCCUUCUGUUUUGUUUUUUGUGGGUUUUUUUGUUGGGUUUUUUUGUUUUUUUUUUUUUUAAUUAUUGUUUUCUUUUUUUUUUUCUUAAAUAAUAACAAAAAUACCCUACAGAACCUUGCAUUGAAACCAAAAGCCAAGGGAGGGAGGGGAUGGGCGGCGCGGCGCUAGCAGAUGUCCAAACCAGAACGACAGCUUUAAAGUGUAAUAUUUCCCAAAAAAAUUAGUGAUGCAGGGAGGACGGCAGCGGCGGUGCGGUCGCGGGGCCGGAGUGAUGCGGGCACGGAGGGGGCCGUGGUGGCCGGGAAGGCGCUGGCCGGGAAGGCGCUGGCCGGAGCGGCAGGCGUUUGUGGGGUUUUGCUCCAAAAUGAUGUUGAGGAGUGUGGGGGACCAGGGGACACGUGCCCUGAGCCGUGCCCAAGCUGUGUCCUUUGGUGGCUUUGUGGGAGGUGGCAGAUGGAUGAGUUGUGCGGUGCCAGUGCAGCGUGGCCAGGGGGUAGGGACACCCCAGUGCCCACAUCUCCCCUCCUCGGGUUUCGUCCCCACCAUCACGGCUGGGGCUGGGGGGCGGUGUUGGUGGCAUGGGGACAGCCUGCCUGAGGUCCCGGUCCCCGCGAGGAGGCACAGCCCAGGGCGCUGGGUGCUGGGUCUCUCCAGCUCCUUCCUCAUGUUUCCAACCCGAAAUCCCAGCUGAAACCAAAGUGCCGUGUCCCGGCGAGGCUGGGCACCCUGGAGUGGGGGUCCCACACCUGCCCAGGCUUUGCUCCAUCACUGCCAGAGUCCCCCCAGCCCUCCCACAGCUUCUCCUCACCCUCCUUCUCUGGGGCGUGCUGGGGCCCCCCCUUCUCCUUGGGAUGCCCUCCUGGAUCCUGGUGGGUUUGAGGUCAGGGAUAGGAUGUCAACUUGUUCCUAGGUCCUAGGCACUGCGCUGGGGUGUCCUUGCCGCGGUGGCAGCCCCGAGGGCUCCUCUGAUGCCACCAAAUGACACGGCCCCAGGAGGGAGGUGUCAUGCCGCCAUCCCCCCUCACUCACGGCUGCGUGGGCAGCACCAGUUCCCCGGUCCCGUGUGGGGCUGAGCCCUGCCCAUGUUACCCUGCCAGCCCUGGGGAUGGGGACGCCGGGGCACAGCGGUCCCCGGGGGGCUGGAAACCAGAGCCCCCCACCAGGGCUGGGUUGGCAGGGCGCAGCCUGCCCUGCCCCAUGGCGUGGGUUUUGGGGGCCAGUCCAGAGAGAUGACGUGGUAGGACUUUCCUUCGGCAUGCUGUCCCCCCCCCUUGCUGUUUCCCGCUUUCUCUAAGUGUACUGUAUGUUUGACCUGUGAAAGAUGUAAACUUUAUGAUUCAGGUUAUGUCUGUUCUUAACUCUGUAUCUGUGUAA